AUGACUGGAGCAUUGAGUAUCAGAAUAGCUAUCAUGGGAUCCUCUGGAAGUGGCAAGACGACAUUCAUCAAUGAAGCCAGCGGAUCUGACUUCGCAAUUGGAAGAAGUCUCGAGAGUUGCACCAGCGAGGUGCAAGCAACGAAGCCCUUCAAACUCAACGGCCGGGAAGUGACAUUGAUCGACACUCCCGGCUUCGACGAUACUAGCCGCAGCGAUACGGACAUCUUAGCGAUGAUAGGAGCAUACCUCUCGCAGACAUAUGAGCAUGGUGCCAAACUUGCUGGCAUUGUAUACAUGCACCGCAUAUCAGAUUUCCGGAUGGGAGGAACAAACAAACGGAAUUUCAAGAUGUUCCGAGAGCUCUGUGGGGAGUCCACUCUGCGAAACGUGUUGAUCGUGACAAACAUGUGGAGUCAAGUCGCUUCUGACCUUGGAGAGAUGAGGGAAAAGGAGCUAGAGAAUAAUUUCUUCAAAGGAAUUCUCGACAAGGGUGCGCGGAUGUUGAGGCAUGAAGGCACGCAAGAGUCGACGCACUGCAUCCUACGAUACCUGAUUCAUAACCAACCAGCCACGCUUCUCAUUCAAAAGGAGCUCGUGAACGAGCACAAAAAUAUUGUGCAGACCUCAGCGGGAUCUGAGCUGACGCGGGUCCUGAAUGAACAACGAGAGCGCCACGAAGAGGUAGUGGCUCAGUUGCGCAAGGAUAUGGAGGCAGCAAUUCGAGAUAAGGACCAUGAAACGAGAGAGGAACUUAAGGAGGAGAUCCAGACCAAGCACGAGCAGAUCCUGAAGUUGCGAUGCGAAAACGAGCGGCUAGAGGCAGAGUUCAGGGCAGCCAAGGAGAGGCUCGAGGCCCGGAUCAACGCAAUAGAAGAAAAGUAUCAUGAACAAGGACAGAUUGUAGAUGCCUUGAAAGAACAGCUGGAGACGGAGAGAAAAGAUAGGGAAAAGCUGGCCAUCGAACAGGAACAGAAGGAACAGCGAUUGCGUCAACUGGAAGAGGAAAAUGCAAAUGUUCAGGAACUGGAGCGCCUAAACAGCCUUCGAGAACUGAAUAGGCUUGUUGCUGUUCGUGUUGAGCUCCAGGAAGAGCUUCGCAAGGAAGAGCAGCAGAGCACGAAGGAGUCAGAAGCCAGUGGCAGCGGACUGAUAGAGGAUGUAGUCAGCUGGGUAAAGUCAUGGUGGUCAUGA